CAUUGUUGCCCUUCUGAUCUCGCUGAUGCCGCUCAAUUAUUAAAGUGAUUCUCUUAUAAUGCAGCGCACGUCACGGUUGGUUCUGAAUCAAAACGAUGAACGCAUUUUGGCAAACGAUUAUCGAGAAAACUUAUCGCCGCUAACGCAAUGGAUUCACCGGAAGGCCAGGCACGUUUGCAGUUUGUCGAUGGUGAAAAAACGAUUGCCAGUUCUGUCCUGGGCAUCGAGUUAUCAGCUAUCUUACCUGCUAUUCGACACGAUCGCCGGUGUUACCGUGGCCCUGACGGCGAUUCCACAGAGCAUCGCGUAUGGUAUUCUUUCAAAUAUGGGCCCGGAAUACGGCAUUUAUUCCAAUGUGAUGGGCUGCAUUGGAUACGCACUGUUGGGCAGCGUCAAGGACGUGACCAUGGCUCCCACCUCGCUGACGGCAAUUCUGGUUCAGGGCAUCGUCUCCGAGUUGCACUACGGCACAGCUCUACUGACAUUCCUGUCGGCGAUGAUCACGAUCGCAUUCGGGGUGCUGAAUCUGGGCAUUCUCGUCCGUUUCAUCUCCAUUCCCGUGGUGAUGGGUUUCCAGACGGCCGCCUGCUUGACGAUCGGUAGUGCCCAGCUGCGAUCACUGCUAGGAAUCAGCUCCAAAGGCAAAGGCAGCGAUUUUGUGUCAUCCUGGUCGAAUGUGUUGACGCACUUCAGCGAGGUUCGAUUGGCCGAUAGUCUGCUCGGCGUGGGAUCCAUAGCGUUCCUGUUGCUGUUCCGGCUAACAAAGAAUGUAGAAGUAUGCAGAACGCGAUCCGUCUUCAAAUACGCUAGACUGCUGAGUAAUGCGAUCGUGGUUGUGAUCGGUGCUACGUUAGCGUUCCUCCUUACGACGGACAUCGAUCACCCGGUUUUCCACCUGACUGGUCCGGUGAAGGCAGGUUUACCUCCGUUUCAGCUGCCUCCAUUUUCGUACACCAACGAGAAUGGUACAGUGUACAACUUUAGUGAAAUGAUCGGCGUAAUGCGGACCACGAUCAUCACCAUACCGCUGGUUACAACGCUGGAGAUCGUGUCCGUGGGGAAGGCGUUUUCGAGGGGCAAGCUUAUUGACGCCACUCAAGAGAUGAUUGCUCUUGGUGUGGCUAAUCUGCUGGUAUGCUUUUGCUCGCCCGUUCCCGUAGCUGCCUCCUUCACACGAUCUGCCAUCAACAGCAGCAGUGGCGUACGCACCCCGUUAGGCUGUGCGAUCACCGCGACCGUGCUUCUGCUUUCCUUGGCGCUACUGACCGAUGCACUGUACUACAUUCCCAAAGCAACAUUAGCCUCUGUUGUGAUAACGGCGAUGCUGUUUCUCGUAGACUAUGAAGAAAUAGGAAAUAUUUGGAGAACCAAAAAGCUAGACAUGAUUCCCUUCCUCGCUACCGCUCUCUCGUGCCUGUUUUAUGAGCUAGACUAUGGCAUCUUGAUCGGUAUCGCAGUACAUUGUGCAUUCCUGCUCUAUCUGAUGUCCAGUCCACGCUUGACGGUGGAAGUUUGCCUAGCAUCGGACAUCUGCGUCCUUUUGGUUAGAAUCAAUCAAUCUUUGGCGUUUUCUUCUGCUGAGCUACUGCGGGAUUGGAUUCUGGAGAGGAUCGCGGAACAUGAAACGCACAUCGAUCUGGUGGUCAUCGAUGGUCAGAACGUGCAUUUCCUUGACAUGACCGUGGCCAAAAAUAUCGCUAGCAUCGAACGAGAUCUACGGACACGACAGACUAGUUUGAUGUUGUGGCGUUUUGAGGAAGCGGUUGCUUUCACUCUGUUGCGGAUGCAUAAGGAAUUAUUUUUCCCCUUACUGCGAGCUGAUAACGAGUUAGAGCAAGCGGUUUCCAGAUGGAAACAUCUACACGCACAACCUGCACCUAGUUGCUUGCCUGUAACUUCAUAUUCCUGAACCUAUUUGAGGGUAAAAAGUGCCAAAGAAAAGGGAUUGAAAGAUCACAAAGAGGCUUUUGCAAUAUAGAUGUUAUGUAAUUCAAUUUAUACCUAA